AUGCUUCACGCCUAUCUUGCAUCCUUCGUAACCUGUAUACCCUCCUCAAUCUUCUCCUUCUUCCUCGCAAACCUCCAAAGCCCGCCUAAAACCCUGGUCGCUGCUUGUGCUCGAAAACCCAGAGAGUGCCUCCAGAUACUUUUCAGAUUUUUCUUUCGAUUUUAUUUUCGGGUUCCUUCUCAAUCCUUUCAUGAAACCUCGAAUCGUCUUCUAGGAACUCGAUCUGAGGCUGAGUCCACAGAUCUCAUCGCGAUUUCUACCCGGAUCCAUCACAUGGAUUUCCCCGAUUUUCCCGUAAAGUUCUCGGAGCAUGUACUGACCAAGACGCGGAAGUUGAUUUCCACCGGAAAAACGAGAGACCUAAAGCGAAAACUAGUACGGAUCUUUUUCACCGACAAAGACGCGACGGAUUCGUCCUCUAGCGACGACGAUUCUUUAUCCCUCACCCGUAGACGAGUCAAGCGGCACGUUCACGAGAUAGGAUUCCAGAUCGGACAUCGUUUUAGACGCCCCACUCCUGCGAAGCGUCUUUCGGAGAGCUGUGAUCUGAAGAGAUUUCGUGGAGUUCGACGGCGGCCGUGGGGGAGAUGGGCGGCCGAGAUCCGAGAUCCGAACCGGCGGAAAAGAGUUUGGCUGGGGACUUUCAAUACGGCGGAGGAGGCCGCC